CCGGAAGUGACGCAAACCCGCGACGCCAGCGCUCGCCGUCCGCUGCUGCUGGAGUCAGAUUCGGUAGCUCCGGAGACGGCGGGCUUUCCCGGAUGGUUGCAGCGAAGGGAUCAUGACGGGGAAGAAAUCUUCCCGGGAGAAGCGGCGCAAACGAAGCGGCCAGGAUGCGUCCGCGGCACUCGCAGCCCCGGACCUCGUACCGGUCCUUGCCAGCAGCGGCAGUGGAAGCACCAGCGGCUGCGGGAGCACCAGCGGUUGCGGGAGCGUCAGCUGCUGCGGCAACGCCAGCUUCAGUGGAAGUGUCACCGGCGCCGGGAGCGGAGGCAGCUGCUGGGGCACGAGCGGCGCGGAUCGUGGCGAGCGCCGGAAACGGAGAAGCACCGACUCUUCUUCCAGUGUCUCCGGCUCUCUGCAGCAGGAAACCAAGUAUCUUUUGCCAACUUUGGAAAAAGAAUUAUUCUUGGCAGAGCACAGUGACCUUGAAGAAGGUGGACUGGAUCUGACUGUGUCAUUAAAACCAGUUAGUUUCUAUAUAUCAGACAAAAAAGAAAUGCUCCAGCAAUGUUUUUGCAUUAUAGGAGAGAAGAAGUUACAGAAGAUGCUUCCUGAUGUGUUAAAGAACUGUUCAAUAGAAGAAAUUAAAAAACUAUGCCAAGAACAAUUAGAACUCCUGUCUGAAAAAAAAAUCUUGAAGAUUCUUGAGGGUGACAAUGGUAUGGACUCUGAUAUGGAAGAAGAGGCAGAUGAUGGCUCUAAGAUGGGAUCUGAUUUAGUCAGUCAACAGGACACCUGUAUAGAUUCUACUUCAUCUCUGAGAGAGAACAAACAAUCUGAAGGUUUGGAAUUAAAACAAGGCAAAGGGGAAGAUAGUGAUGUACUCAGUAUAAAUGCAGAUGCUUAUGACAGCGACAUAGAAGGCCCGUGCAACGAAGAAGCAGCUGCUCCUGAGGCCACAGAAAAUACAGUCCAGAGUGAAGCUGGUCAGAUAGAUGACCUGGAAAAAGAUAUUGAAAAAAGUGUGAAUGAGAUUCUGGGACUGGCAGAGUCUAGCCCAAAGGAACCCAAAGCAGCCACCCUGACUGUUCCUCCACCAGAAGAUGUUCAGCCUUCAGCACAGCAACUAGAACUGCUAGAACUUGAGAUGAGGGCAAGAGCAAUUAAAGCCCUAAUGAAAGCUGGUGAUAUAAAAAAACCAGCCUAGUUAUUUAACUUGAGUUUGAAUUUUAGGUGUGUUUGAUGAAGCCACAUCCUAUAAUUUUGUAUCUAAAGUUUAUUUGGGGUCUUAUGUGGUAUUUCUUAUGUAACCCUAUUAGGUAAACUCAUCCUAGGCCUAAAAUACUUAUUGUUUUUGUUUUGUUUUUUUAAACUUUUAUAUUAUAGAUGUGUGUUUGAAUUCAUGGCACAUACGAAUGCUAUUUUAGAUGAAUAGCUAUGUUUGCAAAUACUAUCUUCAAAGCCAUUAGGGAACAGUCAUGGUAUUUUUUUUCUUUGUUUUUAAAUGUUUGGCAACAGACCCAAAAGCUUUAAGAAGGAUUGACCAAGCAUGUUUCUCUUAAGACGACUUCUAUUUUGCAAUAAAUAUUAAAAUUUUUGCUUCUAGAUUUGUUAAUGGUUUAAGAAAUUUUGUUUUGUGUAUAUGUAAUUUUAAAAUAUUUACUGUUUUGAAGAUGCCAUCUGUGAAUAUGGAUUUCCUGGUUAAAACUGAGUAGUAGUUUUUGUUGUAAGGCUUAGAGAUCUGCUCUUUAUGACUGAGUAAAACUUUUUUU